CAUAAAGCCAAAAGAACAAAAGGACGCUGCACACGAGACUCUUUGCACUUGUCUUGGCUCUUUCGCUUUAUCUACACUUUUCAUAGAACCUUUCUUUCUUUCUUCUUCUUCUUCACAUCUCUCACACAUACAUACUCAUACAUCAUGUUCAAAUCUCUGCGCUCCGCAUCUGCCCUUGCCGCCCGCGCCUCCAUGGCCGCUCGUGCACCCACUCAGCAACAAAAGCGUUUCCUCAACAUUCACGAAUACCUCUCUGUUGACCUUUUGCGAAAGUACGGCAUCAACGCACCCAAGGGUGAAGUUGCCAAGACUCCUCAAGAAGCCUUUGAAAUUGCAAAGCGUCUUGGAUCGGAUGACCUGGUCAUCAAGGCUCAGGUUCUUGCCGGUGGUCGUGGCAAGGGUACCUUCAGUAACGGCUUCAAGGGCGGUGUCAAGACUUUCUCCACACCCGAAGAAGGUCAGGCACUCGCUGAAAAGAUGCUUGGCCAGCAACUCAUCACCAAACAGACCGGAGCCAUUGGCAAGCCCUGCAAUGCUGUCUAUAUCUGUGAGCGCAAGUAUGCCCGCAACGAAUACUACUUUGCCAUCUUGAUGGACCGUAAGGCUGCCGGUCCCGUCGUCGUUGCCUCGUCCGAAGGUGGUGUCGACAUUGAAACCGUUGCCAAGGAGAACCCGGAUGCGAUUGUCACCAUGCCUGUGGACAUUGAGGUCGGUUUGACCAAGGAACAGGCUACUGAGCUUGCCCAGCGCGUCGGCUUUAGCCCCGUCGCUGUUGACAAGGCUGCCGAUACCUUUGUCAAUCUCUACAAGCUCUUUGCUGAGAAGGAUGCCACACAGGUUGAAAUCAACCCCUUGUCUGAGUCAUCGGACCACCAAGUUCUUUGCAUGGAUGCCAAGUUGAACUUUGAUGACAAUGCCGACUUUAGACAGAAGGAUGUCUUUGCUCUCCGUGACUUUACUCAAGAGGAUUCGCGUGAAACUGCUGCUGCCAAGUACCACCUGAACUACAUUGGCUUGGACGGUCAUAUUGGCUGCUUGGUCAACGGUGCCGGUCUUGCCAUGGCUACUAUGGACAUUAUCCAACUCCACGGUGGCAAACCCGCCAACUUUUUGGACGUCGGUGGUGCUGCUACUCCCGAUACUGUGAAGGCUGCCUUUGAAAUUAUCACAUCCGAUCCUCAGGUGACCUCCGCAUUUGUCAACAUUUUUGGUGGUAUCAUGCGCUGUGAUAUCAUUGCCCAAGGUAUCAUUGCCGCUGCCAAGGAGCUCGAUCUGAAGAUUCCUUUGGUUGUUCGUCUGCAGGGUACCAAGGUCGAUGAGGCCAAGAAGCUGAUUGCCGACUCUGGUCUCCGUAUCUAUGCCAACGAUGAUCUUGACUUGGCCGCACAAAAGGUCGUCAAGUUCUCUGACAUUGUCAAGACCGCCAAGGAGGCCGACAUUAACGUCACCUUCAACUAAAAAAUAUUUCCCCAUGAAUAACUCACUCUUCUCUAAAAUAGCACAUACUCUCGCAUCCAUUCCCACCCUCUUACACUUGUGUUUUAUUUUUCCUUUCCGAAUAAUCCUCUUUCUAUGACCUUCCCUUUGAUCACGUACUCACGCCUCUCUAUAUACUAUUACAUUCCGCCACGCGCUCUCACUAUUAGGCCUCUCAUAUAUAGCGCUCUCUCUCUCUCUCUCUCUCUCU